CCGAGCAGCUUUCUCUUUCGAUUUCUCCCGCCCUUCGCACUACUUUGCCCGGGAUUUUCCAGCCCGCGGCUUGCAUUCUUCCAACCAGACCGGGGCUCUUCGAGAGACGAGAGAGGCGGAAAAAGACGGGAUUGGCCUUUCGCCUCCGCCAAUCAUCGCCCUAACGACCCAGAAGUUCACCCAGCGGGGAAUGUAACUCAAGAGCUCGGGAAGCGCCCGCGGGGGACACUUUUCCCGGGAGAAGCCAAAGUGGCUGCUGCCUUUCGUCGCCUCUGCGAUUCGCCCACCUUGCUCUUCUUAGGGAUGAAGGGGCUGCUCCGAGGCUCCGUUUCCACCUGCGGGGUGAUCCUGACCGUCGCCAUCCUGUACUGCUGCGCUAACAGAGCAGCUGCUUCAGAUAACAAUCUUUUCACCAUCCGGCAUGAAAAUUCUAAUAAGUGCAUCCAAGUUAAAAGCCAGCACCUAAUAUUAGGAAAUUGUGAGGAGACAGACGAGAGCUUAUGGACCUGGGUCUCUCAACAUCGCCUUUUUAAUUUGGGAUCCCAAAAAUGCCUUGGACUAGAGACUGUAAAGUCUACAAGUACCUUAAAAAUGUUUGCUUGUGACUCGGAGCUCAAUCUGUGGUGGCGCUGUGUUGGUGAUUCCAUCCUCUCCACAUCUCAGAAUAAACUAGCAUUAAAGAAUGGAAUCCUCACCGCAAGCCUAAACUCUUCUGAUGCUUGGAGAAGAAGCAAUUCCAGCGAUACGAUUUGUAAAUUUCCAUAUAGUGAAAGUUAUACCAGGGAUGGGAAUGCCUAUGGAAAACCUUGUGAAUUUCCUUUCCUACAUAAUAAUACAUGGUAUCAUGAUUGCAUUUACAAAUAUCCAGGAGGUAAAUGGUGUUCCAUAACCACUUACUUCAAUCAAGAUGAACAAUGGGGCUUCUGCUUAAAAAGAGAGGAUGGCUGUCAGAAUACAUGGGAACAGUUUAAAGAUUCUGGAAAUUGUUACCAGUUAAACACACAGGCUGCCCUUUCUUGGAAAGCAGCAUACCUCUCAUGUAAGAAGCAAGGGAGUGAUUUGGUCAGCAUCACAAGUGCAUCGGAGUUAAAUUAUAUCAGAGCUAAAGAUGGUAUUGCAGAAAUAUUUUGGAUUGGAUUAAAUCAGUUGGACGUUUCUGGAGGCUGGCAUUGGUCAGAUCAUAAUCCAUUGAACUUCGUGAACUGGAAUUCAGAAAUGCAGGAUGUAUCUCCACUAGAGGGAAAUGAUUGUGCAGCUAUGAAUGCUGACACAGGUGAUUGGAAGAGUUAUCCCUGUGACACUCCACUUCCUUAUGUCUGCAAGAAACAAGUUAAUGACAGUCAACUGGAUUUCCCAGAUAUUCAGAACAAUGUUGAGACUCAGUGUGAAUCUGGCUGGUAUGGGAACAAUGGAUUUUGCUACAUGCUAAAGAACAACAUUGCUUCGUGGAAUGAUUCCUAUCAGUUAUGCAAUGAACUCAAUAGUAGCCUGAUCAGUAUACAUUCCUUAGCAGAUGUUGAAUUAGUCAUUACAAAACUCCAUAAUGAUACAAAAGACAAAAUAUGGAUAGGAUUAAUUAAUAAAGAGAUUCCAGCCUUUUUUAAGUGGUCAGAUGAUUCCAAAGUAAUAUUUACAUACUGGGAUCAGAAUGAGCCAAGGGUUUCCUUCAAAAGCCUUCCGAACUGUGUCUCCUAUUCUGGAAAGUUUGGCCUAUGGAACAUCCUACCUUGUAACAAUAAGCUUAAGUUUGUGUGUAUGAAAAAAGGAAAAGUUUUAGAGGAACGAAAAUCUGAUAAAGCUUGUUCCCCAAGUAAGGAAUGGAAGAAACAUGGAGAUUAUUGCUAUAGGAUUGACAAGAAUGAAGUCUUUUUUGGAAGUGUGUGCAAUCUUACUAUAGCAAACAGAUUUGAACAAGAAUUUAUAAAUAAUUUAAUCACAAUGCAUAAUAAACUUGAAGAAAAAUAUUUCUGGACUGGCUUGCAAGAUAUCAGCUCAUCAGGAGAGUAUAGAUGGGGAAGUGUGGAUAGAAAUAAUGAACGACUAACAUACACAAAUUGGGGUUUCUUUCAACCAGGAUUACGUGGAGGAUGUGUGGCAAUGUCAAAUGGAAGAUAUCUUGGAAAGUGGGAAGUCAAGGAUUGCCAAACAUUUAAAGCUUAUUCUAUUUGCAAGAAAUACAUUGGACCAAAGAGAGAAACAGAGAUAAUGCCGAAAAUCACUGACCCUUGCCCACAAGGGUGGUCAAGGGGUUCAGGUCUUUCUUGUUACAAGUUUUUUCAUAAGGAAAGAGUGCUGAGAACCAGAACUUGGGAAGAAGCUGAGAGAUUCUGUGAAGCUCUUGGAGGACAUCUUCCUAGUUUCAGCAACUCAGAAGAAAUUAAGGAACUCCAUACAAUACUGAGGGAGAUCAUCAGUGAUGACAGAUGGGUCUGGAUUGGGCUAAAUAAGAGGAAUCCUGAUCUUCUGGAUUCAUGGCAAUGGAGUGACAAUAAGCCGGUCUCUUCUGUUGUUAUGCCUCUGGAAUUUAGAGAAGAUGACUAUGAUCUUCGAGAUUGCGCAGCUGUCAAGACCCUCGGACGAAGACGUCGGCCGCUGUAUCAUAUGUACCUAUUUGAAGAUAGAGAAGAGGAUUUCUACUUAAAACCUUUCCAUUGUGAUGUACAACUUGAAUGGGUAUGCCAGAUCCCUAAAGGUAGUACUCCAAAGAGACCUGAAUGGUACAAACCAGAUGAAGAAGGAAUUCAUGGGCCAACACUGAAUAUUGAUGGGUCAGAAUUCUGGUUCGUGGCCAAUAAGCAUCUGAGCUAUCAAGAAGCUUCCUUGUAUUGUUAUGAGAAUGGAAGUGAUUUGGCUUAUGUGACCUCCUUCACUGCUCUGAAUGGCAUUCUAAACACAAUUUUAAAAGUAAUGGAUGGAAGACAUUAUCACUGGACAGAUGAAAAACACAUUAGUUUCAGUCGUUGGUCUGAAGAAAGCAAAGAUUUGCUUGGUGACUGUGUGUAUUUGGACACAGAUGGAUUUUGGAAAACAUCUGAAUGUUAUACAGAAAAACCAGGGGCAGUUUGUUACUUACCCGGAAAUGAUACUGAAACCCAAGAAGCAUAUCCUGGAUCAAUUAAAUGCCCACACCAGGUUAAGAAUAUGCCAUGGAUAGCAUAUCAAAACAGUUGUUACACAUUUUUAAUACCACAAAAUAGAUGGAGAGGAUUGAAAGCAGUUGAAGCUAACAAUUUAUGCAUGAAAAUGAAUUCAAACGCAUCUCUUUUGAGUAUCAGGGAUGAAGAUGAAAAUGAUUUUAUUCUUGAACAGUUUCAGUCUUAUAGUGGUCUUGUUCAGUGGAUGUGGUUGGGUUUGAUUUAUGACACUGAUGGUAACCUUCUGAAGUGGUAUGAUGACACAUACGUGUCCUACAACAACUGGAGAAAUGGGCGGCCUAACAUCAAGAGUAACUUCUUUCUUGCUGGUGUUAACAUGGAUGGCUUCUGGGACAUUUACGAUCAUUCGCAUAAUAACUGGUUAUAUUGGCAAUUUGGUUUUCACAGCCUCCUGGUCUGCAAGCUAGACCUGGAGACCAAAAUCAGCCAACCUCCGCUUCCUACAAAGCUGCCCUACAAAAACAAUGUUUACUGGAUUCUUCGGCAACAGCUCAAUUGGUAUGAUGCAUGGAAAGAAUGCAAACAGAAAGGAAGUGAUUUAGCCAGCGUUCACAGUAUUUCCGAACAAGUUUUUUUGGAAGAUAUUGUAAAGCGUGAUGGAUUUCCAUUGUGGAUUGGUUUAUCUAAUCAUAAUGGAAAUGAUUCUGAUUUUGAGUGGUCUGAUGGAAGCCAGUUUGAAUACCAGCCUUGGGAAUAUCAGCAUUCUCAUACUUUUGGAAAUUGUUUUGCUAUGGACACUAAAGGAAUUUGGAAUCGCAGGAAAUGCACCUCUCAAGGCGAUGGUGCUAUCUGCUACUUUUCUUCAAAUAAAGUGCAAUUAAAGCAAACCGAAACAUCAUCAAAGUGUCCAGACUCUCCUAAUGAAGCAUCACAAUGGCUACACUACAAAGAUUAUUGCUAUGCAUUUGAUAUGGCAUUUUAUAAUUAUUCCAUAUAUACUGGAAACACAGCUAGGAAAAUUUGCAAGAAACUUAAUCCUUCUGCAGAUGUUCUGACUAUCAAGGAUGAAAAGGAAAAUACGUUUGUGAGCACACACUUGAAAGAAUAUUAUUUUAUUACUGGAAAAGUAUGGCUUGGAAUACAAUUUAAUGAUAAGUCCUUGAACUGGCUUGAUGGCUCUGAGGUUAAAUAUACAAAUUGGGUCAAUGAAACUGAAAAGGCUAAUGGUCAGUGCAGUGUUAUCUUUUCAACCAAUGGAACAUGGUCCAAAGCAGACUGCAACAAUGAACAAAGCAGAGUUGUUUGCAAAAUUCCUCAAGUCUCUCAUCAUUCAAGAGGGGCAAUAGCAUUUGGUGUUAUAUUUGUUAUCACCCUUCUUGUUGGAUUAGGAUACGUCCUGUAUAGAAAGAUGCAACUACACUCAAUUGGAUUGGCUUCUGUUCGCUAUGAGAGGGGAAUGUAUGAUGAUGAAACUGACACCAUGUUUUCUAGAAAUGACGACGGCCCAAAGGGUGGGCGGCGUUUGCACGGCCCCAGCCCCCGAGCGACGAGAGUGGGCCGGGCGGAGCAACCUUGCCCGGCCAUGGGCGCCCCUUCGCCCGCUUCCUACUCCGCCUGCUUUCUCAGCUGCUUUCUCCUGGCGGCCGCGUUACCUUCCUUGGGAACGGACGCCUGCCCUUCCAUUGCUUGGAUUCCAUUCCAAAAGAGCUGCUAUGCUCUACUUCAGGGAUCCUCAGAGGUCUACGGUAUGGAUGAUGCCAGGGAGCUGUGCCGAGGCAAUGCUUCCGGAGCAGAUAUUAUUACAAUAAAUAGCAAAGAUGAAAAUACCUUUAUUCAAAAUAAUUUUCAUUCAAAUUGGCAUGGUCCAGAAUACAUAUCUCUUGGCAUGUUUUUUGACACAGAUGAUGAUAUUUUCAAAUGGUACGAUGAUUCCAAAGUAAAUUUUACAAACUGGAUAGAGGAAGAAAGUAACAAUGAACUUCUAAACACUUGUGCUACUAUGCAUACAGCUUCAGGUGGAUGGAAAAAAGUGCCUUGUGAACAUCUUCCACUGACUAAGAUCCUGUGUGAAGCUACUGUUCUUUAUGAAAAGACACGCUUCUUUGAAACUGCUUGGACAAGCAUCAUAGUUGUAAUAUCAACAAUAACUGUGGCAAUCUCUGCAGCAUUUCUCUGGUUUCUUUAUCAAAGGAGGAUAUCUUCUAGACCAAGAUAUAGCGCACAUAAUUCCAUCACUCAAAUUCCGCAUGACAAUGAAACGUUUUUUAUAGAUGAAGUUGAAUAUUCUGCUUAACCUGUUUUCAUUUAGAUACUGUUACAGAAAGGGGCACUGGCACAAAAGCAAUCUUUCAAACCAGUAUUAUAAUGAAAUAUAAACCAAAUGAUGCUUAGUUGUUAUUUUAUGUAUAUGAAGUGAUUUUCUAUCUAAAUGUGCAUUUUUCAACAUGCUUGAUAUCCUUUUAAUAAUAUCCAUAGUUUAGAAAUCAUUCUUAUCCAAAACGUCCAAAGAUCCUUUGGAAGGAGGGAACUCCUGCCUUUCAACGACACUGUGCUAAAUUUAUUUUUGUUGACAUUUGCCAACAAAUCUCACAGCACUCAUUUGUUUAUGAAAUUCAGAAUUCCAAUUGUGGACUAAAAGUACCAAACCUUUUUUUUUAAAAUUCCCAAAAUUUGAAAAUACAAGACUAUAAAAUAUUAUCUUUAAGAAAUGUGGAGCAACUGCAAUCAUGAACAAUGGACAAUUUAUUUAAACCUGUAGAUUGUAUCUUUACCAUGAAGUGUGCUUAUAGUGAAUGCCAACAUUUUUUAAUAUUAACAAAAUAUGGAACGAUGGCAAGGACCUUCAACACAAUCCCAAUUUUUUUAUAUAUGUCUAUUUUAAUAUUCUGUUCUUUGAAAUAAAAUUUUGAGUAUUAAUAUUUGCACUUUUUUGAGCUCAAAUAAAAGCGGUAACUAAAAUGGGCCUUUCUAGAAUUGCAUACAUAAAGCAAGUCAGUAUUUACAAUUAGGCUAUCAAUUACUGAGAGUGUAGUGUUUGGGAAUUACUGCUUAUCAUACAAGAGGCUGAAUAAGAUACUGCUUAAACAUUAUUCAAUGCUUGCCUCAUGUUAUAUUGCAGGCGGAAAUCUAUCUAGCAUUGGUCACAAUUAGGUUAAAGUAUAAAUACAUAUAUUUCUAUAUGAAUAAGCAUUACAUCAAAAUAAUCAUUUGGAUGGUUGAAUAUGUGUAUCACAUCUUUACUGUGCUAGCUGACCUUUAUAAUUUAAAUAAUUAAAUGCCUCUCGGUGCCAGAGAAAAGAUCAUAUUUGUUAAACAGGUCUAAUGACCCCCCUAAUCUCUCCUAAAUUAAUUUUAGUCAAUUUUUUUCAUAAACAGAAUGGAAGAGAAUGUAGAACAAUGUAGCUCAGAACAUUGUAACUAAUUUUUUUGGCUCUAAUCACCUACAUUUUUUUUUCCAAAACGAGGCACCAGCCUUCAUAGGGAGCAAUUUCCAAAUUUCCCCCCCCCCCCCCCCAGCAGCACUCCUUUUUAACUUCUCUUUAAGGUUGGUCUUCGUAUCUCUAUUCCAGUACUUCAAAAAACAGCAGCUAACAGUAGAAGAUACACAAACACUGCAGUUUUAAAGCAAUGAAUAUGUAAAAAAUACCUAUAUGGAUUUGGAAAAGUUGGUAUUGUUUGCCAAGUCAUUAAUCUCCUUUCUUGAAGUAAAAACAAACAACCCACUGUUUUCCUAUGAAAAUUGUACUGAAAUGAUCCAUUGGGCUAAGGGUCAUCAUGUGACCCCAGGACACAACAACCGUCAUAAAUAUGAAUCACCA